UUUCUCCAGUAACUCAGUUAUUUACAAAACCAGAAAGUUAUGGGUGUCGAGUUAACCCAACAGUUCAACGAAAUGGAGGAUCUUAAUUUCAGUGAUUCUGACUUAGUUUAUCAUGUCAGGGAUGCUCUUAUUUCCGCUAAAACGGACCUCUCAACCCUUAACCAAACCGAACUAAAUUCAUUUUUAUUCGGUUUGGCUUCAUUUUGGUAUUUCUGAAGAACAGUACGGUUCCAGUUCUGAAAUAUAGAGAACCAACGAUGGUUGGUUUGGUUUUGGAUUCAUGCUGAUCUUAACCAAAACCCAACCUGUGAGCACCUUAAAAAGUCAGAAGGGAGAUAAUGAAAGUUACCACCAGCUUGUUGGGGUAAUGCAUCAUUCAAAACGUCUAUCAUCGGAUGAGGUGGCCCUUCUUGUGACAAGUCUAAAGGCACUAUCUGGGGCAGUUUCUUGCAUAGACAAUAUUUAUCAUGAAUCUCUUCUUAGUUCUAUUUUUGGAAUGAGCAUGUGGAAUUAUGGUCCAGAUGUGAUGGAUGCGUUGCUCGAAUUGGUUAUUUCCUUGGCUGCUUCAAAUGUCAAAUAUGUUGAUGCAUGCUUGGAAAUGCUUGUUGGCAAUUUCGUGCCACCCAUGUAUUUGGUAGAUGUACUAAAGCAACCACGUGGUCAUGGAAAAAAAGAUCAAGUUCUUUCUCGCGUGCAUACUGCUUUACAAGAUAUUGCUGCUUUGGUACCUAUGGCAGCAUUGAGAUUGUCAAACGUUGUUGUCCAUAGAAUGCCAACAACCUAUAAGAAGGAUCUUGAGACAGAUCGACUAAAAUAUCGAACUGAGAUUUAUGUGGAGAACAUGCUAAGAUUGGAAAGUGGUGCAAUUAGAGAAUUUGUUGGGAACAGGAUGAUUAUGGCUGUGGUUGACAUGCUGGUAGAGUUGGAUGUGGCUAUUGGUUGGGAUGACAUAUUACGAGAUGACUCUAGUAAAGGCAUCUUUGCAAUUGAGCUAGAAGAAGGUGAUAUUGGUUCUGAUGAUGAAGAGAAUGACAUUGGCGAGUUUCCAAGAACUUCAACUCAUAAGAGUUUAGGCAAAAAUGUUGUUGCUGAUUUAUUGGAUGGCUUGAUGGUGCAAACAUUUGAGCAUCUUGAAUUGUGUGCAAACAAUAAGCGCUUGAGUGAGGUAUUUGAAACUCUUCUGGAUUCAUUCAUGAUUACUAUCCUGAACACUUACAAGUCCAAGUUUUCUCAGUUUGUCUUGUUCUAUGCCUGUUCACUAGAUCCUGAAAACUGUGGCUUGAAAUUUGCCAGAACGCUUGCGGAUAGGUUUGUUUACGGUGACAACCCACUUACCAGGAUGAGUUCUGUGGCUUAUCUUGCUAGUUAUUUGGCUCGUGCAAAGUUCCUGUCUUCUGCUUUUGUUGCUAACACGUUGAAGAGGCUGGUGGAUUGGUGUUUGGAAUACUGUAAAACCCAAGAUGGUCACAUGAAUCCAAAAGCACAUCGAGUUUUCUAUUCUGGAUGUCAGGCCAUCAUGUAUGUGCUUUGCUUCCGUAUGAGGUCGAUAAUGGAUGUUCCUGGGCUCAAAUCACAUCUUCUCCUCAAACCUAUGGAGCUCAUCUUGAAACAUAAAUUAGACCCUUUGAAGGUUUGCCUGCCAUCUAUAGUAGAAGAGUUUCUCAAACAGGCAAAAGCUGCUCAUUUGUUCACCACGCCUGAAACAUUCAUUUCUGAAGAUUUGCUGGAAUCUGAAUUUUCCAGGGAGUUUGGGGGGCUUGAGAGACUGGACAUGUUCUUUCCAUUUGACCCAUGUCUACUAAAAACAUGUGAUAGAAACUUCAUCCGGCCAAACUUUGUAUACUGGAAGCAUGUGCGAACUACUUACGGUAGUGACCAGGAAGAUAGCAGUGAUGAAGACAUUGCUGAUGAGUUUGACACCAUGAACGGGGAGAGUUUAAUGGAAGAAGGAAUGGGACGGAGUUUCGAUGAGGAUCUUGAUCUGGAUGAAUUUGACUGUGCAAUGAACAAAAUGUCCAUUACACCUAAGAAUGGAUUAAAUUACAGAUUUGGAGGUGACAAUAUGCAAAUGCCCUCAAGAAUAAGACCUUCUACAAGUCCAGAGUCUUUGUAAUCCCUCUCCUUUGCUUAAAGAAAGCAGAGUGUUUUUGCUGAUAUAUUUCUCAUUCAUGGAAGUCUGAGGUUGGGCUACCAAUACUGGAUUUGAUUGUACUUUAGUUUAGUGUUUCUUUUUCCAAGCUGUUGUAUAAUUAAAUUUUGAUUUAUUACUUGUAGAAUGAUGUUUCUAAUGUUGUGAUUGUAAUUAGAAUUACCGUUUGGGACCUUGAGCCUAUCCAAUAAAUUAUUGAUAUAUGUUUUUUUAUUUA